CUAUUCUAUGCCGCGUAGCCAGUCUAGAGAGGCUUGUCUAGCGGCGGAAGAGCCUGGCGCGGUCCCGAUUGGGAGGGCUCGGUGUGGAAGAGAUGAAUCGGACAAAGGUUGAUGAGGAGGAAUACUGGAACAGCUCCAAGUUCAAGGCUUUCACCUUUGAUGAUGAAGAUGAUGAGCUCUCACAGUUAAAGGAAUCCAAGCGGGCAGUGAAUAGCCUUCGAGAUUUCGUGGAUGAUGAUGAUGAUGACGACCUGGAGAGAGUCAGCUGGAGCGGGGAACCUGUGGGAAGUAUCUCAUGGUCCAUCAAAGAGACUGCUGCUCAUAGUGGGUCAAACCAUGAGGGGCGUGAACAGCUGAAGAGCCGAAACAGCUUCUCCUCCUAUACACAGCUACCCAAACCUACUUCUACUUACUCCCUGACCAGCUUUUUUAGAGGGAGAACUAGACUUGGAAGUUUCCAGUCCCUUUCUGAUGCUCUUUCAGACACACCUGCCAAAAGCUAUGCUCCAGAGCUGGGGAGACCCAAGGGGGAAUAUAAGGACUACAGCAAUGACUGGAGCCCCAACGACACGGUGCGGCGCCUUCGGAAGGGCAAGGUCUGCUCACUAGAAAGAUUCCGCUCCUUACAGGACAAGCUACAACUCCUAGAAGAAGCAGUAAGCAUGCACGAUGGAAAUGUCAUUACCGCAGUUCUGAUAUUCCUGAAGAGGACACUGAGCAAAGAGGUCCUCUUCCGAGAGCUAGAGGUGCGACAGGUCGCCCUGAGACAUCUCAUUCACUUCCUUAAGGAAAUAGGGGAUCAAAAGCUGCUUUUAGAUCUCUUCAGGUUCCUAGACAGAACAGAAGAGCUUGCGCUGUCCCAGUAUCGAGAGCACUUGAGCAUUCAGGACCCUGAGAAACGAAAAGAAUUUCUUAAGACCUGCAUUGGUUUGCCUUUUUCAGCAGAAGAUUCUGCACACAUACAAGACCAUUACACGCUCCUGGAACGUCAGAUCAUUAUUGAGGCAAAUGAUCGCCAUCUAGAAGCAGCGGGACAGACUGAGAUCUUCCGGAAGCACCCCCGCAAAGCCUCCAUCCUCAACAUGCCACUAGUGACGACACUUUUCUACUCCUGCUUCUACCACUACACGGAGCCCGAGGGGACAUUCAGCAGUCCGGUCAACCUGAAGAAGACAUUUAAGAUCCCAGAUAAACAGUAUGUGCUGACUGCCUUGGCUGCUCGCGCCAAGCUCCGGGCCUGGCAUGACGUAGAUGCCCUCUUUACCACAAAGAACUGGCUGGGCUACACCAAGAAGAGAGCACCCAUUGGCUUCCAUCGGGUUGUGGAAAUUCUACACAAGAACAGUGCCCCUGUCCAGAUACUACAGGAGUAUGUCAACCUAGUGGAAGAUGUCGACACAAAAUUGAACUUAGCUACCAAGUUCAAGUGCCACGAUGUCGUCAUUGAUACUUGCCGGGACCUAAAGGAUCGGCAGCAGUUGCUAGCGUACAGGAGUAAGGUGGACAAAGGAUCUGCAGAGGAGGAGAAGAUCGAUGCCAUUCUCAACAGCUUGCAAGUCAGAUGGAAGAAUUAACUUGUGUCAGCUACCCUGAGACCCGCCUCGUUUCUUCCUUUCCUGCCUGUGAAAGUAGAGUGUGCUGUCAUCUGGGAGAGUUACUGUAGCACAUCACUUGGUCCUGUCAUCAACAGGUGACACCUGCUACUUUUGGGACAGAAACCAGUGCCUGGGCACAGACAGCUUGGGACUGAUCUUCUGUCCAAGGGCCAUCAUCUGAGGGCCAAGGUCUAAAGCUUCAGUUAUUGGGAAAGAUUCUCCCCACCUGGUGCUCACGUGAAGGUGGGAGUCAUUUCUAGACUGGGUCCAUAUUGGGCAAGAUAUCUCUUGGUCUGAGAAAAAUGACUGCUCUGCAAAAGAAGUCUCCUAGACUAAGAGAUGCAGGUGUCAUAGGUGGACCACUCGGUUCCUCUCAGCUAAUUAUGACCCUGGACUUGGUGCUGGACAUUGGCAAUUCUACUGUGAAUGAAGUCAGAACAGAACCAAAAUGGCUCUCUCCCAGGGGCCUCAGGAAGGGGUGCCAGUGUGGCCAGGACCUGCUGGAGGUGCCCUCACACCAGAUUGCACAGAGCCCUCCCGUUAUGACAGGUGGCCCAGACAUUGUGUUUCUUCAGCCAGUGUCCCUCCACUGCCCCAGUGUAGCCACUGUUCAAAAACUUGUGGUUCCUCUCUCACCUGCAGACUGAGAUGACCUUGUGUGGGUGACGAGAACAUCCCCUUUAUCAUUUCCUCUCCUUCUUCUGCCCCAGACCAUACACUUGUAUGGAGCUUAGAUUCAGCAGAACUGGAGCUCUCCCUUUGUGCAUAGAUCUCAUUAUGUCACUAGGAGCUUCUAGAAGUUCCACCAGGGCUAAGCUCAGCAGCAUUUCUGACUGUUUGGAUAUUGAGAUGGAGGUUUUAGUUUCAUGCUUGGUUUUUAAGAGUUUGUUCUGUAAUGCUAAGUUCCUGCCCUGUACCAAUAUUGGCCUCUCUUCUCAGUGACCGGACUGGGUUUCCCCAAACAUGCUAGAGUCCUAAUAAAGCUGUUUCUUCCUUGGUG